CAGCAGCGGAGCUCUCGUCACUCCAUCGGUCGCCGACUGAGAGCGAGGGGCGGAGGGUCAGAUUGUGCCGGAGUUCGGAUUUCGAGGGGCGCAGGGCAGUCGAGCGCAGCUGAGCUGACAGCAUUGCGUUUGGGCAAAUCGGAGAUCUGGAUGAUCGAGGGUUUGUCGAGAAUCUGACUCAUUUCGGACUGCGAUUGGGGAUUGCGAGAGUGCGACGAUGGCCGCCGAAGAGCUGAUGGAUGUGAUCAUCUUCGGAGCUUCGGGCUUCACGGGGAAGUACGUGGUGCGCGAGCUUCUGAAGUUCGCCGAGUCUGCGCCCGGCGGGGGGCCGCGGAGAGUGGGAAUUGCCGGGCGGAGCAAGGCCAAGCUUUCGAACUCGCUCAAGUGGGCUUUGGAAGGGAAGCCAUCGCCGACUGCGGUGUCCAUUUUCGAGGCCAAUGUCGACGAUCCCAACUCUCUAGCCUCCAUGUGCAAGAGGACGCGAUUGUUGCUCAACUGUGUGGGGCCCUACAGGAAAUAUGGCGAGCCCGUGGUGGCCGCGUGCGUGCAAGCCGGGGUCGACUACUUGGACAUCACCGGAGAGCCCGAAUUCAUGGAAAGAAUGGAAGCCAAGUUCGAUGAGCAGGCCAGGACGAACGGUUGUUUGCUCGUGAGUGCAUGCGGCUACGAUUCCAUUCCUGCCGAAUUCGGUGCCCUUCACAAUGCCCGACAAUUUCAAGCACCCGCUCUGCCGCAGACGUGUGAUUCCUACCUCGUCCUCUCGAGCGCAGGUGGUGGGUUUCAUGGCAACUUUGGAACAUGGGAGUCGGCCGUACUGGGAAUUGCGCACCAGAGCGAACUGCAGGCUCUGAGAAAGUCUCGUCCACGGCGUGCUCGUCCUCAGAUUCCAGGUUUGUUGGAGAGUAGUCAUGGCAUUGUGCACUACGAGAAGAACUCGGGAACGUGGGCGGUGAAACUGCCUUCAGCUGAUGCUAUUGUGGUGCGCCGGACCUUUGCAAAGAAACUCGAGAAUCCCGAAGGUCUUUCGAGUGUCGAAGAUGACAACCCGGAGUUUCUCGCGACCAAGCAACAGAAAUGGAACGACAUUAAGCCAGUCCACUUCGGGGUGUAUGCUUCAUUCAAACAAUUCUCUGGUGUCCUAGGAUUCUUCCUUUUAGGUAUAGUUUUGUUCAUUAUGGCACAGUUCAAGGUUGGCCGCAGUCUCCUACUGAAGUACCCUCAAAUUUUCUCCUUCGGUGUGUUCCUCAAGGAAGGACCAUCUGAGGAUGACGUUAAGAAUGCAACCUUCCAGCAGUGGUUUGUGGGCAAAGGCUUCAGUGACUCCACCAAACAAAUCACCAAAUCCACAAAACCAGACAAGCAAAUCGUGACGAGGAUAUCUGGUCCAGAGAUCGGAUAUAUUACAACUCCUAUUUGUCUAGUGCAGUGCGCUCUGCUUGUCUUAGAUCGGAGGUCAACUCUACCGAAGGGUGGGGUGUUGACACCAGGAGCUGCCUUUGGUACCACCGAUCUCAUCGAUCGUCUAGAACAGAACGGCGUGAAGUUCGAUGUGAUCAGUACGAGUCAGAUAUAGUUAUCUUAGCAAGAUUACCUUUCAGAGCAGCAAUUACGGCCAGACGCAGCGCUAGAUUACGAGUUUGUAUCUUAGUCGAAUGUUAAUUCCAAUGCGAUGGAAUCCACAAGGCUGAAGGCAGAAACACGUCAGUUACCUUCCGUUCCAUAAAGGAUCUGUAGAAUCAUGCCUGCUUCGGUCUGAGCAUAUCUUCAACGAUACCAUGACAGCUGAGAGAGGAACGGGAGUAACUUGGUCGAAUCGGUGCACUGAACUGGAGUAUGGAUGGGAUUCACUAUGGAAACAAACUAUGCGACAAGUACAAGUCAAGACCUUGUCAAUGGAAGCUACAGAUGUACUGUGGCAGUUUUGAGUGAUGAAACAUAUGAUGGGUUAUGAUUC